AUGUUUAAGGAUGCUCAUGCAUUCAUAUCAAGAUGUGAUGCUUGCCAAAGAAUGGGAAAUAUAAGCAAGAGGAAUGAGAUGCCACAGAACUUUAUACUGGAAGUUGAAGUUUUUGAUGUUUGGGGCAUUGACUUUAUGGGACCUUUUCCAACCUCUUUUGGUGACCAAUACAUUCUAGUGGCAGUUGAUUAUGUCUCUAAAUGGGUAGAAGCCAUUGCCAGCCCUACUAAUGAUGCACAAGUGGUCAUCAAGAUGUUUAAAUCCAUCAUUUUUCCAAGGUUUGGAGUGCCUAGGAUAGUCAUAAGUGAUGGAGGUUCACAUUUCAUCAACAGAAUCUUUGCCAACCUUUUGAAGAAGCAUGGAGUUACUCACAAAGUUGCCUCUCCCUACCACCCCCAAACUAGUGGACAAGUUGAGAUCUCAAACAGAGAACUCAAGAGCAUACUUCAGAAGACAACAUGCAAGACAAGAAAGGAUUGGAGUGCCAAACUAGAUGAUGCUCUAUGGCCAUAUCGCACUGCCUUCAAAACACCACUUGGUACAACCCCCUUUCAUCUUGUCUAUGGUAAAGCAUGUCAUUUACCUGUAGAACUGGAGUACAAAGCAGCUUGA